AUGAGCGCCGCCGCAAGUACCACCGUGUCCGGGGCGGAGCACAACCGCAUUAUGUGGCGGAUGCGGCUGCACUCCGCGAUUCGGACUGUGGUAGCAUAUAGUAUAAUUGGCUGCUCCACCCUAUACGGACCACCUUGGUUAAAAAAAUUAGUAACAUUUCCAGCAUUUGCAUAUGUAACAGCCACUCUCGUCACUAGCGAGUCAACGCUAGGUGACACAUUGAGUGGCAGUUGGCAUGCAAUACUCGCCAUGGUGCAAACCAUGCCGCUAUCCAUGCUUGGUGUAUGGAUAGCAAUAGACAGUGGACGCAACACGCUGUCGCCUGUUGCGUCCACCCUGGCAUUGGGAGUAACUUCGUUAUUGGUGGGUAUCGUAGAGUGUACACAUAUUAGGUGCAAAAAAAUUGCUUUUGGGCAGUUGGUGCUUGUGUUUGCUGAUGGUGUUAUUCGUGGAGUGCAUACGAGUGUUUUUGUUCACCCUCUUCGUGUUGCAUGUAGCACGGUACUUGGGAUCGUUGCUUCACUUCUUGCUUUUUUGCUUCCUUAUCCGAAGCUAGCUUACUUUGAGGUAAGGAAACUACAUCAAUUAUAUGGUGAAAUCUCAAAAGAGAGAGUGGAAAUAUAUUCAAGAGCAAUCACUUCCCAAGACAAUCUCAUUGCAGUUGAACUUUUGUCCAAAGCCAAGAUCCUUUCUCAAACUGGAGCCAAGCUUCUCCAAAGCAUCAAACUUUUGAAGGGAGGGCUAAUGUGGGAAACACCUUGGAUCCGAUUUUUCAAAUCAUGUUCAGAAAUUCCAAGAGACAAUGAGAUCCAAAACAUGGAAUUAACCAUAAGAGGAAUGGAAAUCGCGUUAACAUCAUGUCCUUCCUUUUCCACUGGCCUAGUGAAUGAAGGCGCGUUACUACAUGUAUCUGAGCAAAUCCAUCGAAAAUCAGAUCAAGUCACUCAUCAAGCAACAAAAGGAUCAGACUUUGCCAAUAAAUCCAUCUUGCUCCAUAAUGAUACCAUACCUCCAUCACAAACAAACCUACCUGCAUUUUUCUUCUUAUUUUGUUCAAAUAUGUUGCUCACCAAUUCAUCCACAUUACAUAACGAUGAUUCACGAACACCUUGCCAUAAGAGCUGGAUGAACAUUAGACCAAGAAAAGAAACGAUUAUGUUUUCGUUGAAGUGCUCUAUUACAUUAGGCCUAGCUAUGUGGCUAGGCCUGUUAUUCGACAAACAAAACGGUUUUUGGGCAGGGCUAACAGUAGCCAGUACUUUAGCACAAGGCAACUUAGCAACAUUUACUCUUGCUAAUGCUCAGGCACAAGGAAUUACAUUUGGAUCAGUCUAUGGAGUCUUAAGUUGUUCUGUUUUCCAAAAAAUCGAUAACUUAAGGUUCUUACCUCUUCUCCCUUGGAUCAUUUUCAGCAGUUUUCUAAAACAUAGCAGGAUUUAUGGUCCAACAGGAGGAAUUUCCGCGCUAUUAGGAGCCGUGAUGAUCUUAGGACGAAAAAACUAUGGCCCUCACAACGAAUUCGCCAUCAUAAGACUAACAGAAACUUUCAUUGGACUGUCUUGUUUCGUCGUGGUACAGUUUAUAAUGUACCCGAAACGAGCAGCCAAUCUUGCUAGGAAUCAACUGCACUGCACUUUAGAUAUUCUCAAAGAGUGCAUGAACCAAAUAGUACAAAAAGAUCAUCAAGAAUUGCAAGAGUUAAUGGAAAAACAGAGGAAAUUAAAAUCCAAAAUCCUAGACUUGAAAAAAUUCUGUUUUAAUGCAGAGUUAGAGCCUGAUUUUUGGUUCCUUCCUUUUAAUGCAACAUGCUACAAAAAGCUCCAAGAUUCAUUGUCGAAAAUCGAUGAUUUAUUUUACUUCAUCGUCUACAAUAUCAAGAACGUAUCACAUGAUUUUCAAAACAGCGGUGUUGAUUACAAAGAGCUACAAAAAUGUAUGAAUGAUGAAUUGAAGAAAUUGAAGGAAAGUGUGAUUUCGUCGAUAAGUACAUUUCUUGAUAAGCCUAGUUUGAUCAAGUUGUUCCCAGAUGAUGAUCUUGAAGAGGGGAAAUUUAGUAAAAUAAAUGAUCAAAUAACAGAUAGAGGAAUAAGUUUUUGCUUUGAGAGAUCAAAAGAAGUGAUUGAUAGAAUAUUGAGUAGCCAAGGAAAAGAGGAACUGAAAGAAAAGUCAAUUAUUUCAUUGUAUGCUUUGGGAUAUUGUAUUAACAACAUGUUGAAAGAGAUCAAAGAUGUUAAAAUAGUUAUGAAGGAAUUGGCACAGUGGGAAAGGUAA